ACACCUCCCACACAAGCAUCAGUCGAACACCAGAAUGGGAAUACCGAUGAGCAAACGAAGAACAUCACAGCCGCGUGUCAUCAAAGUCAACCCUGUUAGCCCGGUUCAAGUUGACUCGGUUCCUCAACAAAGGCAUCGGCACUCAGUCUCAAUAUGUUACACGUCUCCGCCUCCGUCGAGAUCAACUCAGAGAACACAGUCGGGCAACUUCGUUCCCGGACCAAACGGUGUGCUACCGGACAAAGAGUUUCUCGUCACUUUCUUUCAUUCCUACGAGGAACGAGAAAGUUUGACGUCACUCGACCGAUGCCUACUCUCGGAGAGUCUCCACACAAGCAAGAGACCAAAGCAGAUCCAAUGGCUCAUCAAACCGGUCGACAACAACAACAAAAACAAUAACAACAACAACCGACACAAUAGUGACUCGUUUUCCGUCGUAAAGCUGACGACCGUGGGACACUCGUUUCAUCGCGUCGUCGGACGAGAAGAGGCGAGCAGCGUCGAGGUAUCACUAGACCAGCGAUCUGGAGUGACACGUGCCAAAAUGACGGUCACAUUCGACGACAAAGACAAGGGAAAGGUAGCAUGCAAGCUCGUACUGCAGAUCGACAUUCCUAGAGAGGACGCCGAACAAGGUUGGAUACUCACCGGGAAGAUGUACCAGGACAGCGGGCGCAGUUGGCAAGCUUACGUUGCGAAGGCGAAACUGAUGAUUAACAGUACGAAAGAGGUGAAGAAAGCAAGUCUUCGAGAGCCCAUCAUUGAAGAAGAACGCACUCCGCGACGCAUUUCCGUCAAGUGACGUUUUCAGACUCGUGACUAUAUAUUAUCGUAUACUCUUUCUUUGUCUGUAUUGGACACUCUCUAGACUGACUAUUAAUUCACCGAGGGGAAACAAUAAGAAUGAAUGUACAUCCUAGAG